AUGAACCGCCUCUUCGGCUCCAAGCCCGCGGGCCCCAAACCCACCCUCAACGGCGCCAUAACCAACCUCGACACCCGCAUAUCCUCCCUCGACACCAAACUCAAAGCGCUCAAUGCCGAGCUGGGCGCCUACCAGGAAAAGCUGUCCCGCAUGCGCGAAGGCCCCGGCAAGCAAGCGAUGAAGCAGAAAGCCCUCAAGGUGCUGCAGCGCCGCAAGGCGUACGAGGCGGAGAAGGACAAGCUCGAGAGCCAGGUGUGGAACAUGGAGCAGGCGAGCAACAUGCAGGACAACCUGAAGAACGUGAUGACGCAGGUGGAUGCGAUGAAGACGACGAAUAAGGAGCUGAAGAAGCAGUACGGCAAGAUCGAUAUCGACAAGAUUGAGAGGUUGCAGGAUGAGAUGGCGGAUCUGAUGGAUGUGGGUAACGAGAUUCAGGAGAGUUUGGCGAGGAGUUAUGAUAUCCCUGAGGAUGUGGAGGAGGAUGAGCUGGAUGCUGAGUUGGAGGCGUUGGGGAUGGAGGUUGAGAUGGAGCAUGAGAUGGGUGGUGCUGUGCCGGGUUUCCUGCAGGAUGAGGUCGUGCCAGAGUUUGUGGACGAGCCUCCUCAGACUGAGGACAAGGUGAAGCAGGUUGCUGGUUAA